AUGAGUCGCCCCACAUGGGAGGAGCAGCUCAAGUUCCUGCUAGUUUGUGUGAGGUAUUCGAACCAUGGUAAAAUCGACUUUGGCGCCGUGGCCAAGGAAUGUGGUGUCGUGAGUAGGGGAGCAGCAUCCAAACGAUAUGGCCGCCUCUUGCGCAACAGUGGCAUUCUUGCUGCUCGUGUUCCUGCACCUUUACCUGGCGAAAAGCGCGCAUCGAAGGCUGCAAUAGCCAGAGCUCCUGAAGCAAAACCGCGGAAGCCUGAAGGCGACCAGAAAGACUCGGCUGCGGUCGACGGAAAUGGCUGCCCUUUUCUGAAACGCGAAUCUGGCAUUAAGCAGGAACUUGAUAAUGGCUGGUCGCUUCGACUGGGUGACGUGCCUUUGCCUACUUUUCAAGGGCAGCGGACUCAAGGCCACCAUUGGUUGUCUGAGCAUCAGUACCAGCACCGGAACAAUCUCGGACCUGAUGCCGCACCAUCCAAUAUGCAGCAUGCAUCAAGUCCUGGCUCACUCGAGGCCAAUGAGCCGGUGCCCGUCAUCAAACUCGAAGACGAAGCUGAUAUCCAGGCGCUCUCAAAUACGGCAUCUGCAUCAGACGCCUCGAGCGGCGAAGAUGAUAAGCUGUUUGAAGAAUUUUGUACCACGGAGCUCUUUCAGAAUCCACCUAGCGCCGAGCCUCCAACGUCCUAUGAAGCGCAUUGCCCUCGGGCAGGCCAUUCUGUUUGUAAGGACGUCACAGUCUCUUGA